AUGGCUGAAGAAGAUCACACUUUUGAAACCGCUGAUGCCGGUGCUGCUUUAACUUUCCCAAUGCAAUGUUCCGCUUUAAGAAAGAACGGUCACGUUGUCAUUAAGAACAGACCAUGUAAAAUUGUUGAUAUGUCUACUUCUAAAACCGGUAAGCACGGUCACGCUAAAGUCCAUUUAGUUGCCAUUGAUAUUUUCACUGGUAAAAAAUUAGAAGAUUUAUCUCCAUCUACCCACAAUAUGGAAGUUCCAAAUGUCUCUAGACAAGAAUUCCAAUUGUUAGACAUUGAUGAUGGUUAUUUGUCUUUAAUGACUGCUGAUGGUGACACCAAAGAUGAUGUCAAAGUCCCAGAAGGUGAAUUGGGUGACAAGUUACAAUCCGAAUUCGAUGAAGGUAAAGAUUUGAUUGUUACCAUCAUUUCUGCCAUGGGUGAAGAAGCUGCUAUUUCUUACAAAGAAGCUCCAAAAGGUUCUGCUUAA